CAACGGCUGAGUAACGGUUGAGUAACGGCCGUGCUCUGCCCGGCGCGCGCGGGGUGGCGGCGGCGGCGGGCCGCUAUGGCGUUCUCGACCUUCAGGAAGGUGGCGAUGGUCUCCUGCCUGGUGCUUUGCGUCUCCGUGCUGCUGCCGCGGACCUUCUUGUCUCGGGGUGGCGGGAGGCAGGAGCCCGGGGCUGCGCCGCUCGCAGCGUCCGCGCCGCCCGAGGGGAAGCUUGGUCGAUUUCCGGCAAUGAUGCAUUACCAAGUGACGCCGGACAACCGAGCUGCCCCUCAUUUUCCAAGGUCCCACCUUGCUGAAGCGGUUGCCAAAGCCAAGGCAGGUGGAGGUGGAAGCAGUGGUGGAACUGGGAGAGGUCUUGUGGGGCAGAUUAUCCCUAUUUAUGGAUUUGGCAUCUUCUUAUAUAUCCUGUACAUUUUAUUUAAGCUGUCUUCUAAGGGAAAAACUGCAGCUGGGGAGCGGAAAUGUCCUCCUGCUGUACCUGGAAACAUGAAGAGGAAAAUCACUGACUAUGAACUCACUCAACUCCAAGAAAAACUGAGGGAAACUGAAGAAGCUAUGGAAAAAUUAAUCAACAGAGUAGGGCCUAACUCUGACAGCAGAACUCAAAAUGUUGCAACAGACCAGGAGAAAAGGUUACUUCAGCAACUCCGCGAGAUUACGAGGGUUAUGCAAGAAGGAAAAUUCAUAGAUGGCAUCUCUCCUGAGAAGGAAGCUGAAGAAGCUCCCUACAUGGAGGACUGGGAAGGUUAUCCAGAAGAGACCUACCCUGUCUAUGAUAAUUCUGAUUGCUUCAAGCGUAAACAGGACACAAUCCUUGUAGACUAUCCGGACCCAAACCAGCCCUCUGCGGAAGAGCUGGCAGAAAGAAUGGAGGGCAUGGAAGAUGAGGAUGAUCUGUGGAAGGAAACCCUGCUAUCUAAUCUCACCACAGGGAGCGACAGCCAUGAUGUAGUGCAGAAGACAAAUGAGGUAACAGGCAUCAGUAACCAGGGCAGGGACCUUCAUGAUAGCCCGGACUUUGAGGAGUGCUGUUACUGCUGCAAGGACAAUGAUCCUGCUGUCGUAGCAGAGAAUGCAGGAUUCCACUCUGAGAGCUGCAGCGAAGCAGAAGAGCCAGCCAGGGAGGACCUGUCCGUGGAGUCGGACAGUGAAAAUGCAGCGCUGAAGGAGCAAAACGCCGGUGGUUCAGAUGAAACAGGCACACUGAGGAAGCGCAAUGCAAAAGGACUUGAGUAAUAGGGACAACAUGUGGACAUAAUCCUAGAUGGCGACAACACAGUUCAUAAACUGUCAUUUCCUGUGGGUUUGUGUCCUGAUGUUCUGUUUGCUUUCAUCUCUUCAUACUAAUUUCAUUCCUACAAUAAUGAUCACAUCAUUUCCUAUCUGAUGGAAGCCGGUGCCGUCUGUCAUGCAGUCUUGUCAUGGUUUAUACUGACUUGCCAGUAGUACUUUGUCUUGCUUUCCAGAAGCUGAUACGUUGGAGCAGAUUACGCUGUUCAGCUAUUUGUGAUUCUUUCCUUUCUAAUUUCUGAACAAUCAGUUCUUAUUUUUACCAUUGUCAUCCAAGAGUUAACUAAAUAUCUCUUCUGACAACUAUCUGUUUGUGUCUUCUCAUAUGAAAAUAAAUCAGUUAUGUACUUUUGAGACUAUCAUCAGGAAGAUGGAGGAGGAAAUACACUUUUUCUCUUACCUGGAUGUUAACUGCUUGGCAGAACAGACCAUGAACACACGAGCGACUCUCCUACUCCAUCAUGUUACUGCUUCUGUAAACCUAAGAAACUGUUGUCACUGCAAUCCUCGUGCUAACAUAGCCCACAGGAUGCUUCCCAGCACAUUGCAUGUACAAGACCAGAAGUCUCAUCUAUUUUGUGCCCCAGGAAGAGCAUGAGAGAGAAUGAAGAAUUACUGGUUGUGCUUUGUCUUUGCUGUGGCCAUUAGAGCGCUUGGUGAAACACCAAAAUGAGUGAAGGAAUCUGACCGUAACCUGUGUUACAGAAGAAUACUGACAAUACCCCUGGGGAGCCAUCCUGGAAGCAGGAGAGUAGAAUCAUAGAAUCAGUAAGGUUGGAAGGGACCUCUGGAGAUCAUCUAGUCCAACCUCCCUGCUCAAGCAGGGUCACCUAGAGCAUGGUAGAAAGGGUUGCAUCCAGGCGGGCCUUGAAGAUCUCCAGAGGAGGAGACUCCACAACCUCUCUGGCAACCUGUUCCAGGGCUCUGUUGCUCUCACAGUGAAGAAAUUCCCCCUCACACUCAGGUGGAACUUCUGUGCUUCAAUUUUUGCCCAUUGCCUCUUGUCCUGUCACAUGGGACAGCUGAAAAGACUUUCUGGAAGUGUAUUGAACGGCUGAUCUGAAUCCAGGCCAUAUGAGCUGCUUAACAAAAUACACGUGUAGCCACAGUGUAACAACAGCUUUAGUCUUAGAUCACUGGGCAUAGCUUGGGUGUGUUUGGAAAGACAGGGCGUCUUGGCCUACACACUCACAUCAGCCUUGUUAAGAUCAAUGGAUAUCAUCUGCCUUUGUGUUAUUUAUAGCAAAUUCUUACUACAAAAACUAGGUCAUACUAAAGGAAUAGGGAAAAGAGCGGAGAAAGCAUACUGAAUACUUACUCUGUUCUAUUAAAAGCAUAUUUAUUUUUAAAUCAUUAUUUGAUAAACUAGAUUUUAUUUUUGUUUCAAAAGAUCCUGGACUCUUUAAACACUCUCUCACUUUUCAGCAUGGCAGCAUAGACCUCUCCUCAACAGAGGGCUAGUAUUUCCUUCACUGGGAAUCUCUGCAUGUGUAAAUACUAGACUAUAGUUCUUCUGCCUUAGUCGAUGUCCUUCAACUGCAGUACUAAUGUCAUCUGGCAUCAGUCACUGGAAUGAAAGCUGCUUCAUACUCCUUUGCCUGCUAAUACUGUCACAUACCAGCAAAUGAAGACUUCAUCACAAUCUUGUCUAGCCACACCUCUGCACUGGCAGACACUGUCCUUAUUUGAAAACCACAUUUUAUUUAGAAAAAUACCUUACUACCAAGUAGAGCUAUCAAAGGAUUGCCUUCAUUCCAUUGUAAAUAGCAGUGUUUCCUGCCCCUGUGAACAACAGGCUCACUGGUUAAGCACUCCUAAAAGCCACAUGCAAGAAGAGACUGCGUGAGGAGCAAGGUCGGAAGAGGGGUGUUCCUGGGUCUUUCACAGUAGUAGAAGGUUGAUGCUGCUGCAUGGCUUACCAAGCAUACAGCCCCUUGCCAUGAGAAACAAGGAGCCAUCUCAGUUCUACUGCAGCUUAUGGAAAAAAGGACUGACAGAAUUUAUCGUGUCUGCAAAUAAAUGUGAUUAUGAUGUACUUCAAAUUCCAACUACUUAUAAAGGUAUGUGAAAUUAAAGAUGUUGGCUGCUUUUUUUUUGGAA